AUGUGUUGUAAUUGCUGCAGUGUUAGACAACAGAAAAUAUGGGUUUUCACAUUGGGUACAUUGUUCCUAGUGAUUGGAAUAGUGUUAAUCGCCGCUUGGCCGCAUAUAUCCAACACAAUAAUUAACUCGAUGUUACCUUUAUCACCAGGUUCGUAUACAUUCAACAAAUGGGAAGUUACGCCCAUACCUCUGUACAUGAAUUUUUAUUUGUACAAUUGGACAAAUCCGGAUCAAGCCUAUAAUCCAGAUGUAAGACCACAUUUCGAAGAAGUUGGUCCUUAUUAUUUCAGAGAUACUAAAAUUAAACAGGAUUUAAAGUGGCACGAUGAGAACAAUACGGUUACUUUCUUUGGACUUCGGAAUUGGUAUUUUGAUGCUGAAAAAUCAAAUGGUUCUCUAGAUGAUAUGAUUACAACUCCACAUUUUCCAACGAUGGCUGCUUCAAAAUUUUCGCUCAGCUUCAACAAAAUUAUACGUAAAGUUGUUAACUUUGGACUAAACCGUGAGGGAGGAGCCUUAACUAUGACCCAUUCAGCAAUAGAUUGGCUAUUCCAUGGAUUUUAUGAGCAUUUAUUGGAUUUCGUUGAACGUUUGCACUCACCUUUAUUACCAAUCUAUGUAAAUAAGUUUGCUUGGUUUUAUGGACGUAACAACAGUAAAGAGGCUGAAGGUAGUUUUACAAUACACACUGGUAAAGAUGAUCUCUCACAAUUGGGUGAUCUAAAACUUUGGAAUGGUUCAGCACAUACAGGCUUUUGGAAAGGCGAUUGUGGUAAAAUUAAUGGUAGCACCGGUGAUAUUUGGGCGCCGGGUAAAAGCUGGGAUGACACUAUUUCCAUAUUUAUAUCAGAUGUUUCACGCUUUAUUAAUUUGUUUCCACAAGAAGUUAUUAAUUAUCGUGGAGUUGAAGGCUGGGUGUACACUUCUACAGAUCAAACUUUCGAUAGUGGUUAUGUUGCACCAGAUACAAAAUGUUUCUGUACUGAAGGACGUAAAUGCCCUAAAAAUGGUGUAAUUGAUUUCUCACCAGUUGCUAAACGUGCGCCAGUAUUUGUAUCUCAUCCUCAUUUUUAUAUGACAGAUCCUUUGUAUUUAGAGAAUACAACUGGUCUAUCGCCAAUUGCUGAAAAACAUGGCAUAAAAAUUAUCAUGGAACCAAAAUUGGGUGCACCACUCUAUGUUAAUGGACAAGUUCUGAUAAGUCUAUUUAUUGAACGAAAUGACGAUAUCGACUUCCUAAGAAAUCUUGCCUAUGAUUUUUAUGCACCACUCUUUGUUGUACAAAUUCAAGCAGAUAUAACAGAUGAUAUACUUAAGACCGUAAAGUUCGCAUUGAGUAUAUCCAGUACUGGUCAAUAUAUUGGAAUUGGAUUCACAACGUUAGGCGUUCUCAUGCUGGCAACUGGCAUUUGGGUGACAAAAACUCACAAGUGGCGCAAUGACUCGCCAGACGUAGAAACUGUCAAAACACCGGCGCCUGAAACGUAAACUGUGAUAUGAUAAAUUUGUAGUGUCAAUAUUUCGAAAAUGGAACCGAUAAGAAAUUCCAGCGAAAUUGCGAUUAAAAGCAGUACAACUGCACUCAAUGG